CUGAGGCACCUUCCUGAUCCACCACCUUCCUUCUUCCCUCCAGGGGUUUUUGCUUCUUGGAUGGAGCCAUUGGGGGCUGCAGAUCUCUUCCCAGAAGUUGCAACAAUGCCAAAGGCACAAGGAGCAGCCCAGGAACUCCAGCCAGAAAUAAAAAUGGAGGAGCAGGACCCAACAGAACCGGGAUCCCAAGAGAAGCUGGAGGCAGGCGAAAGGGAGCCUCAGGUUGUCCAAGUCGGGACCGUCAAGGAGUUCCUGACCGGCGAAGGCCCAGCACAAGUGAAGCUGGAGCCAGAGGAAGCUUUGCAGGAGCGUUGGGAAAACCAGGGGCAGGAGUUCCUGAAGACGAUGGAGUCCCCUUGCUCAGGAUGGAGGCACCUCAGGCUACCUGAGCCCAUCUCUGAGGCGGACACGAAGGAGUUCCAGGCCUCCUUCAAGGAAAUAGCUGGGGCCAGCCAGUGGCCGAAAGCAGACUGGGCAACUGCGGCUGUGCUAGGCCUCCGGGGAGCUCAGAAACCCAGCAGAGGGCUGGAUUCUUCAGGGAAAGGGAAGGACCAGAUAGCAAGUGAAGAUGCCGCCGACUCAGAGACACAACGCCAAUGCUUCCGGCGCUUCUGCUAUGAGGAAGCUGAGGGGCCCCGGUACGUUUGCAAGCAGCUGUGGAAGCUUUGCCACCAAUGGCUGAAGCCAGAGAAACACUCCAAGGACCAGAUCCUGGAAGUGCUGAUUCUGGAGCAGUUCCUGAGCAUCUUGCCUCCGGAAAUGCAGAGCUGGGUCGGCGAACAGGGACCGGAGACCUGCAGCGAGGCAGUCGUCCUGGCAGAAGAUUUCCUCCUGAAGCUGCAAGAGUCGGAAGGGUGGGAAGGAAAGGAAUCAGGGUUGUCAAUAAGCUCAUUUGUCAGCAGCCCUAAUUCAGAACAAGACUCCUGGGCCCCCGGGAAGAUGCAGCUUUCCAUGGAAGCCAAGCAGGAGAGUGACGGAGAAUCCCAUUUCUGCGGUGAUGGGCAAGAACAGGAAAAUGAAGAGGAGACAUUCCAGCUGGAAAGACCUGAGCAGACAGACCUCUGUGGAAUAUCCCUGGAAAGAGUCAAAGGGGAUUUCUUCCAGGGGCUUGACAUGGGGCUGAUGCCAGGAAGUCCCCCGGCACCAGGAGGCCCUUGGGAAAACCAUCCUGGGAAGGCGGCCAAACAGGCUUAUCAUUACGAUGAAGUGGGUGCCGGGUUAGACGAAAGUCCCUUCCAGGAGGAGAUCGUCAAGUUGAAGAUAAAGAAAGAGCAGUCCGAGGACACAAGCUUCAGCCAGGCCGUGCAAAUGGCCGAGAAGCCAUACAAAUGCUUGUAUUGCGGGAAAACUUCUAACUGCAAGGCCAACCUGGUCGUGCACGAGAGGACCCACACGGGAGAAAAGCCGUACACGUGCCUGGACUGCGGCAAGAGCUUCAACCGGAAGUCCACGCUGGUGAGGCACAAGAGAAUGCACACGGGCGAGAAGCCUUACGAGUGUGCAGCAUGCGGGAGGCGCUUCAGCAUCCGGUGCAACCUCAUCAAUCACGAGAGAAUCCACACAGGCGAAAAGCCGUACAGCUGCUCCGACUGCGAGCAGAGCUUCAGCCGGAGACUGCAGCUCGUCAUCCACCGGAGGACCCACACAGGCGAGACCCCCUAUAGGUGCGCCCAGUGUGGGAAGUGCUUCACUCGGCGCUCAUCCCUCCUGACACACGAGAGGAUCCACACGGGAGAGAAACCAAACACGUGCACGGAUUGCGGGAAAAGCUUCAUUCAGAAAGGAUACCUUCUGAUACACAGGAGAAUCCACACAGGAGAGAGACCCUAUAAAUGUUCGUCAUGCGAGCAGAGGUUUCUUAAUCGAAGUGAUCUGCGUAGACAUGAGAAAAUCCACGUGGGAGCCAAUCCCAAUGGAUGUUAGAGUUGUCAGAGAGGAUGAGGCAUUGGCGCUGGCCACACUUCAGCUGCCGAAAGGCAAUGUGAUUCCCUCAAAGUACAAAUGCAGAAUUUAAUUUUCUAAAAGAAUGUUUCCCGUAAAAAUAAAGAAAAUUGUAGAACUGUAACUUAAAAAUUAGCCACAAAGGUGUGGUCAUCUUUAUAACGGGAUAUUGGAAAUGGUUGGUUGAUGUACGAAACCUGAAACUUCACAUUAUAAAAGGUUCCUUGCAAAGGCGGGGAAGCUUCCUCAUCCUAAGGGCCGCAUUCCAUUGACCACAACCUUCCAAGGGCCGCAUGCCCAUGGUGAGCAGGGUCAGAAGCAAUGGAUGUAAUUCUUACCUUUGUGCUGUAGGCCAGUGGUUUUCAACCAGGGUGCUUUGGCACCUGGGGUGCUUUGAAAGAUGGUCAGGGAUGCCACAGGCAACACUGGCCUCUGUCCCUCUCUUCUUUCCGUCCCUCCUCUGAUGCCCUCUCUUGUCUCUGCUUCCCAAAGGCUUGCACAGCUGUUUAUUGCAACAGCCUGGCUAUAGGUUCCACAAGGGAAUGGUGCCUUCUGAGAGGCACCUCUCUUUGGGGCAGGGGGGAAGUUCAGCGACCAGGGACAACAGCAGCAGCUUCCUAGAGGACUCCCAAGGAGAGGAGAGGAGGCUGAGGGAACACUCCACAAGGGUGGGUGUUCAAAAAAGGGUGAGAGCCUGUCAGCUCUGCAGUCAAGGAAUGACAUAACUGUGCUCCUGAGACCCACAUAUGCUGUUGGGACCCUCCCAAAUCUCAUUUGGCUCAGCCAGUAUGGCCAUUGGCCAAUGAUGAUGUGUGUUGUAGUCCAGCAACACCUGGAGAGCUACAGGCUCCCCAUCCUUGUCACACAGUUAGAGGUUACAAACAUACCAUACAGUCAAAGUACUAUGAUACUACUUGAAACAAUAAUCUCUUCCCUCAAAGAAUUCUGGGACCUGUAGUUUGUUUGCUGAGAGCUACGCAGAGUGGUUUAACAAUUGAGCCAAAAUUCCUCAGAUACCUGGGAUUUUACUCAUAGUCCGAUCAUCCCUGACCAUUGGUCAUACUGGCUCUGGUUGAUGGGAGUUGGACUCAAACAACACUGGACCACAAGUUCCUUCACUCCUGGAAUUAUGCAAAAGUACCCACCCAAAACAAAAAAAAUAGUCUAUAGCAUUAAAAUCUGCAUUACUAUCUGAGGUCACAUCCUAAGGAUGUAGUGGAGAUUUUAAUCCAGGCAUCCCCAAACUUCGGCCCUCCAGAUGUUUUGGACUACAAUUCCCAUCAUCCCUGACCACUGGUCCUGUUAGCUAGGGAUCAUGGGAGUUGUAGGACAAAACAUCUGGAGGGCCGCAGUUUGGGGAUGCCUGUUUUAAUCAGUGUUCCACUAAUGGCAUUAACCCAAGAUGGAACCCAGCGCUUACUGGUUUUAAGUUUUUGAGAUGAGUCAGAAAGGUAAAGGACAAUAUUUACUCUGUGCCCCUAAUUUACUUUUUCUUUAGCUUCUAUACCAGGGGAAGGAGGCCUGUGGCCCUCCAGAUGUUUUUGGGCUGAAACUACCAUUGUUCCUGACUCAUUGGCCAUGCUGUCCGAGGCUGAUCAUGGACAUCUAUUCAUUCUCAUUUAUUUUUUAACCUCCUGCUCUCUUUUAUUAUUGUUCCUGUGUAUUUUGUUGAAACACAACAGAGACCAUUGUAAGAAGUUUCAAUAAAAAUAAAAACAAUUUUUUUAAACAACAACAAAAAAACCCCACCACUUUUUUUUGGGGAAAAGAUCUAUCUCUUUUAUCCCGGAAUGUCCCGCAUUUCCUUUGUUGUUGUUGUUUAGUCGUUUAGUCGUGUCCGACUCUUCGAGACCCCAUGGACCAUAGCACGCCAGGCACUCCUGUCUUCCACUGCCUCCCGCAGUUUGGUCAAACUCAUGUUCGUAGCUUCGAGAACACUGUCCAACCAUCUCAUCCUCUGUCGUCCCCUUCUCCUUGUGCCCUCCAUCUUUCCCAACAUCAGGGUCUUUUCCAGGGAUUUCCUUAGGAUGCCCCUAUUUUCAUCAGAGAAAUGUUGCAGUCAGUGAUAAUUAGAGCCUCAAUAUAUACUAAAUAGGCACACCUUUAACCUUUUACAGUAGAAGAUUGGUGAGAAUUGCUGCGAUGGUUGUAUUAAUUAUUAUGAUGGAAUAGGGAUCCAUUUGCAACCGAUAAUUGAUUGUGGAAGGUAUGUGAGGGAGGUAAUGGAGGGGUGGAUGUUGAUUGGCAUUAUUUCUCUGUGUAAAGCAACUAAUAAAAAAUGCCUCAAAAUAGAGGAAAAUAAAGGAUCCUCUGAUUGAGAAUCCAGCCCUGGCCUUGGCAGUGAGGGCACCAAAUCCUAACCACUAGACCACCAGGAAGAAUAGCAAGAUAGAUGCCUCCUUUAACCAAAUUUAUUUCUGAAUCCCUCAGUGUGACCUAUGGAACACGAACCACAGCAAAGCCAUUGCUCCUUCUCCCUGGCAAAAAGAUUCCCUGACCGGGAAUCGAACCCGGGCCGUGGCGGUGAAAGCGCCAAAUCCUGACCACUAGACCAUCAGGGACAGAUGAUGACAGUGUUUCCCAUCCCUCCCUUCCUUCACCUGAUAAG